AUGGCUGUUUUGUCAUCUAAUCAGCAUGCUCCAAAUAAAGCUACUCGUUUUGUAGGUAUAUGCAUUCAACGUUUAGGAUGUGGCCUCAGAGCUAAUUUUACCCUUAGAAACGUUAUUAAGCAUAUUGGUACGGAAAUGAAAUAUCAACUUUAUGAUCCGACUAUACCAAAGAUUGAAGUUUUACUCUUAGAGAAACGUCUUGAUGAUGAGUUGUUAUACCUGAGAGAUGCACCUAAUGAAUAUAGUACAUUUGAUGAAAAUAUGGAAGUUGAUUAUUUACCCGAAGGAGUACCUGUACCGGUGAACCCUGAAAUGGUUAAACUAAAACCUAGACCUUGGCAUGCUAGGUUGGAAAGAAAAAAUAUGAAAGGGCUAGCUGACUUAGGGCUAGAAGAUCGGUUUUAUGAAAGAGCUGAAGAAUUAGCGACACCCUGGGAGAAAUAUGACUUAAUGAAACAGUAUAGGAAAACAAUACCAGAAGAAGAACAAAAAGAAAUAUUUGCCGAAGUAUAUUCAGAAUUACACGAAGUUGAAGUAAUGCGCAAGAAGUUGAAACGGAAAAAAGUUUUUAUUAAGCCUACCAAAAAUGUAUAG